CAAGUUCUCGGUUCCUCUGGUACGUUCAAAAGGUAUAGCGUGAAAAGUAAAGUCGAAAAACGGAAUAUGGAAAUAUGGCUGCAGUUUCUGGUAUAAGAGCCCUUAUUCGUAUCCAUCGUUCACUCAAUCUGCAGAAGAGCUUUAGGCGUUCACCGCUACAGCUAGCAUCAAACUGCAUCACCUGGAGGCAUUGCAGUGGCGGUAAUGACCCAAAGCUGAAAACAGACACAGAGAAUAAAUCUCUACUUGCGAACUUAAAUGUGUUGGGAGUGGACUUAAAGAUGGCGCGCCAGCGUCAGCCAGGUGUUCUCCGAAGGUCCUUCACCAACGAGAUGGGCCUCGCUCAGUUCCUGCAAGAAAAAGGCGCCAGUCACAAAGUAAUCGCCAGCAUCGUGUCCCGUUUUCCCCGCGCCAUCACCCGGUCACUUGAUCACUUGAAGGAACGCUGGCAGCUGUGGAGAAGCGUCUUCAACACAGACGCUGAGAUCUUGAGCAUCCUGGAGCGUUCACCGGAGUCUUUUUUCCGUUCUAGUGACAACGAGGCCUUGAAGAAGAACAUUGCUUUCUUGAUCUCAUUGGGAUUAAACUCCAAAAACCUUCAUCGGCUGCUGAGCACAGCACCCAGGACGAUCUCCAACACUGUGGAGCUGAACAAGCAGAUGGUGGAGUGUCUUGAAGACAUCUGUCUGGAGCUGGGUGGACAAAAUCCUGAACAAUUUGCUACAAGUAUAAUAUCUAAAAACAUGUAUAUACUAAUCAAAAGUACUAAAAGAGUCAGGACCAACAUUAACACUCUAAAAACCUCUCUGAUGUUAAGUGAUGUCGAACUGCUAGCACUUUUGGAGGGAAAUGGAGGAGAUAUUUUGGACCUUUCCAGCGACUAUCUGAAGAAAAACAUCCACAGCCUUGAGAAGAAGAUGUCCUUACUAGGCUACAAAAACAGCGACAUCAAAAAACUAGUAUUAAACUACCCCAUGAUUAUCUACAUCAGCGCAGCCACUAUAAACUCCAAACUGGACUGUCUUCUAAAGGGAGGAAUAACCAUUGAGCAAAUUUUGGAGAAGCCAAAAGUCCUGGACUACAGCAUCCAGAACAUCAAAGAGCGACUGAAGGCACUGCAGAGAGUUGGAUAUGACUUUGAGAAAAAUGGGAUCAAUAUCCUGGACUCCAGCAAGAAACGAUUUGAAGCAAAGGUGGAAAAAUUUUCUGCAAUUUCUGAGGAGUGAAUGCAGCAGAUUUUGCUGUGAUAAAAAAUAUCUGUCCAUGUACGGCUACAUUUAUCUGCACCCCUAGUAAAGAUAUGUAAAAAGUCUUGUGUACAGUAGGAUAAUUUUACUCAGAAAUAUAUAAAAAUUCAAUCUCUAAUGUCUGUGCAUUUAAUUUUGAGAAUAAAAUAAAUAAUUAUUUUUAACAAUUACUUUAAAGUAAAGCUAAUCAGAGCAAUGUCUGUAUUUUUAUAAGUUGAACAAUAUUUUUAAAGUUUUUGUUUAUUGAUUUCCUAAGAUUAAAAUCACAUGCGUCACUGAUGCCCGUUUUUAUUAGUUAGGAGGCUGGUUGAGUGAAGAUGAUAAAGUUCUAGAAAUAUCUUCAAGGCUAAUUUUUAGCAUAGCAAAAAGUGGCAUCGUAAGCUUACAAAGUUUUCAUGACAACCAUUAGAUGCCUCUCACAUGUUUGUUUGUUUGGCAGAAAUGUCAAGAAAAACUUGUUUUCCAAAUAUUAAGUUAUAUAAAACCGAGACAGUUUAAUUGGGUUUUAUAAUAACCGCCAAUGAUCCAAAAUAACGCAGAAAUGUUUCACCAUACACAGAGUACGCUUUUACCCAAAGCCAUCUCAGUCCCCAAAUCUAAAUCCUAAACAAACAAACAAACAAAAAACUACUAACCUGCCACUCCUAAAUUUGGCAGAUACUCUAUUUGUGGAGAUUUCUAAACAUUUUAUCUGUUAUUCAGUCACACAUUUCUUUAUUUGGUGCAUUUUAUUGCAUUAUUACACUGUAUUCAAUAGGGUUUUCAUGAUUAUUCUGUAACAUUUCAUUCACAAAUUAAUGUGUCAGUAAUUUCUUUGUCUCUAUAGGAGUCAUUUUUAAUUGUAAGAAAAAAAGAGGUUGCCAUGUUUGACAGGUAAACGCUCCCUCAAAGAUUCAGUUAAUUCCUACGCACCACUGUUGUAAUGAUCUGUGCACACAUGAGAAGCUCUAACCAUUUGAAAUUUUUGACUUUGCCCAAAGAAAUACAUAAUCUGUAGCUUUAUUUAAAUCGUUUCAGGUGCUUUUAGCUGUUGAACAUGAAGUAAUGCUUAACAAUAGAUCAUGUUUAUUAUGUCUGUUUAUUUCUGUAUUAAAGUAUAAAGACAUGCA